AUGAUUUUGAUGUGUUUGUUGCAGGAAACGAAUGAUGUUUGCGUGGGUACCAGCGUGGGUACAAUAACGGAACCGGACUGUUUGGGACCUUGCGAACCCGGAACAAGCGUGACUUUGGAGGGCAUCGUCUGGCACGAAACGGAAGGUGGUGUUCUCGUUGUGAACGUGACUUGGCGAGGGAAGACAUAUGUUGGAACGCUGCUCGAUUGCACCAGGCAUGACUGGGCACCCCCUAGAUUCUGUGAUUCACCUACAAGUGACCUGGACACUCGUACCCCGAAGGGUCGGGGAAAACGCGGCAGGUCAGCGGCCGGCGCAACUCCGAGUACGGACCUCAGUAACUUCACGGAGACGAGGUCUUCGGUGCACAGCAAACUGAGGAACGGCGGCGCCGUCAAAGGUCGUCGCGGCGCCUCCAACGGAUCCGCACCGCCGACGGCGCCUGCCUCACCCACGCCCUUCAUACCGCCGCGACCGGAACCCUCGAAUAAGAGGAAGAGUCGCGCUGGCGAAGAGGAGACGACCGCGAAGAAGACGAAAGUGUUGCCGGUGCCCCCGGCGACGAUCCCCCCAUCAACAAACAGCUCGUCAAGUCCACCCCCGUCUCCAGUGCUCCUCGAGUGCCCCGAACCCAACUGCUCCAAGAAGUACAAGCACAUCAACGGACUGAAGUAUCAUCAGUCGCAUGCUCACAACGCCGGCGACGAUGAAGAUACCAAGGACGUGACCUCGAUGUCCGAGAAUGACGAGAGCAACAUCGAAGCUCCGAGCCCGGCGACACCCGUCAAGUCUCCAGAGAAGAGUCAAGACUCCUCUCCGUCGACCCCACAGAAGAAAGACCAAACGGAGUUGCCGCCGUCUAUACUUCGCGGUCUCGAAGUACCCACUCAGCCCAGCACCCCUAGGAGUACACCUCCAUCACCUGCCACUCCACAGAGUAUACAAGACAUGGGAGCACCUGCAGUUUCGCCCACCGUACCCGUACCAACCAUCGACACUUCCACGAAAACCGUCGUCAAACCAGGCGUCUUGCGAUAUUCUUCUACAAACGAAGAAUUUACAGGAGUUGCAGUUUUUGCAACGAACAAAGCACAAAACAACUCAGUACUUUCCGGCACGACUCUACCGAAUCCAGUAAGCGUUCGAAGUUUAGUUCCAGAACCUGUACAGCAGCAGCAGCAGCAGCAACAACAAACUCAAUCACAACAACAACAACCUCCUCCGCCUUUGCCGCUGGUGUUACCGCCGCAACAGCCUCAACCCCAACAGGUUCAGCAGAUCCAGCAACCAGAGGUGAUUCCUCCUUCGCUGCAAACUCAGUCGUUCGCCAAUCAACUGCAGACAUCGCAACCGACGUUCUCGCAGCCUCCGAUGCUGUUGAUACCCACCCAGAACAUGGGCAGCCAAAUGCCGCCGCAGAACUCGCCGUCUCAGAGCCCCAAACCGAAUCCCGUGGCGCCGCAGUUCAAGGUGAAACCGACGGCUGCUCUGAUGCCCGAGGACAAGAACAAAACGCCUAUCAAGCCGUCGUUACCGCCGAGCUUUAAGAAGAAAAACCGCAAAUCACCGGCCGGCAGUCCUGAUCCACCGCUGCAGAACGAUACGCCCGUCUUCGGCAUGGAACAGGCGGGUCGCGACGAGGUGCAGAGUCCUGCCUAUUCCGAUAUCUCAGACGAUGGAGCUCCUGUUCUGGAGUCAGAAGAUAAGAACAAAGCGGAUAAGAAGCCGGACAAUGCACAGCCCAUGCCGCAUAUUCCUCAAUACGGGAUGUACGGUGGAAUGUCUUUUUACGCGCAACCUCCUUACCUUGUAUCUUCGGUGCAGCAGGCGCAAGAAGCGGCCAAGCAAAAGGAACCUGACAAGAUCAACGACAAACUUUUGGAGAAAGAACAGAAGAAGGAAACGACUGCGGAUUACCAGCAGAAGGUUAUGCAGCAUUACUAUCCGUACAAUCCGAUGCAGUACGCUACGUACUCACCGUACGAACCUUCCUUCGGCUCGGUGCCGAUUCUCGCGGAUAACGCCGAUAAGAUCAAAGAGGAACGGAUCAAGGAGAACCAGAGUCCCAUCGAUCAGACAGUUAAACAGCAGAACGCUCCCAUUCCAAAUCCCAUACAGGUGCCGACGCCCGGCAAAGUGAAAAGUGCGUCGAGCGGUGGAGUCUCAGAUUCGACGCCGAUCAAAAGCAGCAGCAGCAGCAGCAACAACCAUCACAUGCCUGAAUCGCCGUACAGCCAUCGCAACAGUAACACUGCCUUCGUCGAUCUGGAUCAUCAGAAGAACGAUAACCAUCAGAUUCUUAAGGAGAGCAUAGAGAUCAAGAAUCAGAUGUCUCCGUACGUGUACUCGAGGCAGGCUCAGCAACAACACCACAAUCAAAGGGAGCAGGAGGUCAGAAGGUUCUACGUGUUUGAUCCUCACAGAAAGGAGCAGCAUCAGCAACAGCAGCAGCAGCAUCAGCAGCAAGUGCAACAACAACAGCAGCAGCAGGAGAAACAACAACACGUGCCUUCGAGCAAAAGUCAAUCUCAGAGUCAAAGUAUGAAUAAACAUUCUUCGAGUAAGGAGAGCAGUAUUAAGAGCGAAGAUAAAAAGGAGAAAGAGAUUAAGCAAGAAGGAGUCAAACCAACCAUGGAAACUCAAGGUCCACCGCCUCCGCCCACGUCUCAACAGUACUACACCAUUCAUCCAAGUUACAUGCAGUCUCCGCAUUACGGGGCGCUGCCUUUCGAUCCGAACCACCACAUGUACCGCGGUAUAAUGGUGCCGGGGCCGUACAGCGGCAGUCCGUACCUGCACCCGCAGAUGCCCAGGUAUCACGGACCCGAGGAUCUGUCGAGGGCUCAACCACCGUCGAAGGCCCUGGACAUGCUGCAGCAGCACGCGAACUACUACUCUGCCCACAAAAUCCACGAACUGCAGGAACGCGCCAUAAAGUCGCCGACGCCGAAGACCUCUGUGGCGAGCAGCAGUCCUUCGGCUGUGGUAAGCAGCAUGCCCACGGGCCAGGUCAUGCCGCAGCCCAUCACUACGCAGGCCGGUCAGCAGAACAUGCCUGGUCAGGGUGGACCACCAUCCGGUAAGCAGACGCCUGGCGAUGCAGGAAAGGACAGUAGAAGUCCGCCUCCUCAGCGUCACGUCCAUACCCAUCACCAUACCCACGUGGGUCUGGGCUACCCCAUGUACCCGGCCACAUAUGGCGCUGCUGUGUUGGCAAGCCAACAGGCCGCAGCAGUGACCGUCAUCAACCCCUACACACCUAAGUGAGCCACGACUCCACCGUAGAAUACUCACUCUUUUUGUUCUCGAUGAGAAAGCAUUCCAUAGUCGUGGGUGUGUGCAUGCAAAACUAAAGCAAACAUAUAAAAAAUAAACUAAUAAAACGAGAUUUUAUACAUCUCGAUUGGUGGACGAUGAAGGAGAGCGCUGAUAAUUGCAAAGAAGGAAAAGCUUUAAAGGACCUCAAUCUAAUGAUAGACAUUAUUUCUUGUUGAUUUGAUCAUUGUUAUUUUACUAAAUCUAGUGAUGCUGUGCGAGAUGGAGGAGGGAAUCUUGAUUAGAUUAUUAUUUUUU